AUGGGUGUAACGUUCUCAAACCUGUUGGUGGUGGGUGACCUAAAUGCAAGAGUAGGAACAGCAGGAGGAUUUGAAAAUGAGAUGAGAGACCUUGAGAGACAGUCCAAAGAUGGGAUAAAAAAUGGCAAAGGAAAUCAAAUACUUGAUUUGUGCAACUCCAUUGGUCUUCGAAUCCUUAAUGGUACUAGCGAAGGUGAUGAACUGGGUGAAUAUACGUUUGUGGGCAAGAUGGGUAGCUCUGUCAUUGAUUAUGGACUGGCAGGUGGGAGGUGGAAUGACGUCAUCACUGAUUUUGAGGUGGAGCAAGUACCGUUUUCAGAUCACAUGCCAAUUGUGAUAUCCCUAAACAUUGGAACAUCGGAAAAUGAGGAAAGUGUGAACCUUAAUUUGAUUCCUAAGCUGCACUGGAAGGACUCUAAGGCGACCAGCUACAAGAAUCAAUUAGAUAUAUGUCUGAGGGAGCAAGAAAGUAGUGAUCUUGGAAGCAUUGAAAAUUGUAUAAAGGAAGCAGCUGCAGUACACAGCAACUUCAGACGAAUGGGUGUAUUUAAAGAACCCUGGUUUGAUUCGGAGUGUAUGAAGGCAAGAAAACUCUCCUACGUUUGGCUGAAUCGUUACAGGCGAGACAAUGAAGCUUAUGCGAAACAAAGUUAUCUUUCACAGAAUCGUAAAUUUAAGACACUAUGCAAAAAGAAGAAAAUAGCACACUUUGAAAACUUGGCGAAAAGUCUAGCUAUAUGUAACACCGGUGACUUCUGGAAGACAGCUAAGAAAAUAAAUGGCAAGGUUUAUGUUAUCAAUAGGAAUCUCAGUUGUGAUACUUUAAGAAUGCAUUACUGUGAUCUACUCAAUCAAUCGUCCACAAAUACAGAGAUGAUACAAUAUGCACAACCCGCUUUUUAUAAUGAACUCUUAGAUGGUGAAGUAUUGAAGGAUGAAGUAUAUGCAGCCAUGAAUGGACUGAAAGAUGGAAAGGCUGCUGGUUCAGAUGGAAUACCUGCAGAAUUUUACAAGUAUGGCACGGAUGAGUUGGCUUCCAAAUUAACGGUCAUAUUCAACAGAAUUAUGAACCACGGUAUGAUUCCACAGGAAUUCAAGAAAGCGCUUAUUUUUCCCAUUCAUAAAAAAGGCAGUACAAUGGAUCCUACAAAUUAUAGAGGAAUAUCAUUCUUGAAUGCUUCCUAUAAGAUAUUUACUUCGAUCUUGCAAGUCCGACUUAGAUCUUGGAUAGAAUCAAAUAAGCUCUUAAAGGAAUUCCAAGCUGGAUUCAGACCAGGCUAUUCCACCAUAGACAACAUCUUUGUUCUACACAGCAUAGUCGAUUUCUUUUUAGCCCAAAAUAAGAAAUUAUACGUCUUUUUUAUCGACUUCAAGGCAGCGUUCGAUACAAUAGAUCGAAACGCACUGAUGUACAAAUUGUAUAGAAGCGGAAUGUCAUUCAAGUUUGGACGUGUGUUGCAGAACCUGUAUCGGGAAACAAUAGCAGCGGUGUGGGAUGGAAAGAAAAUCUCGCAGUGGUUUGAAACAAAGAGUGGGGUAAAACAAGGGUGCAUGCUGAGCCCUAGCAUCUUUGCACUCUUUAUUGAUGAUAUCACCGAUGGUUUGCCGGGAGGAGUGGAAUAUGCUGGUAGUCUGAUUAAGGCUCUUCUUUUCGCAGAUGAUAUUGUUUUGUUUGCGUGUUCACCAGAAUCUCUGCAACUUAUGAUAAACAAACUGAAUGAUUACUGCAAAACGUGGAAGUUAGUUAUCAAUCUGGAGAAGUCGAAGGUGAUGGUAUUCCGAAAGGGUGGUGGAAGAGCAAGUGGACGGGAACGUUGGACAUACAAUAACGAGAGAAUCGAAGUCAAGAAUGAGGUAAGACUAAUUGGUCCGAAAGAUUUAGCUUGGUCAGAUGGUCGUCGUCCUGAUUUAGGAAUGAACUUGACCGUUACUUCUUUCCAGCUUGUUGGUAGUUAA